CACUUUGUCUCAAGAUUUCCUUCACAAACCCCGCUCUUGCCUUUGGGCUUUGUCUUUCUCAAACUCAAACACCCGCACAAUCAUAAUCUCCUCCGCUCACGCUAUCAAAGCCUGAAUCAUGGACUACCCACCGGUCUCCGUGUCAAACUAUGACCACGGGCAUCCCAACGAGCGACUGAACCUCCCCAUGUUCUUAUAUUACAUCCAACACGCCAGAUCCCAAACCAAGGUCUCCGGCAAAUACGGUGACAUUGAAGCUGCGGAUACGACCCAGUCGUCUUAUACAUUGGCAGAGUUAAAACAGCGCACUGCAGAACACCUUGCGUGGCGCAACAAGCGCCCCAGCUGUUUUGUCUCGGCUUUUGCUGAACUCUACCAUGCUUUGAACUGGGGCAGGCAGCUCGAGGGACCGGUGUAUAUGUAUAAGAUCGACACUAGAUUGUUCGCUCGAGAUCCCUUCAAGCAUUAUGUGAGCCCAGUACAAGUACUUGGCCAGGACCAGUAUCUGUUUCUCCAUCGAAUUCCACGCGUUGCCAUCGUUUCCUGCCAACAGAUCAAGGCAGCAGGGUGUGAAAUCCUGAUUUCUACUGGCCCUCCUUUUCACCGUGAACGGGAUACAUGGUGGUCUGCGUGGGCGAUACUCUCGUCUUCAGCUACAACUAGACGGAACCCCCCAUACAGGAGUAGCAUACCUGCGUCAAGACCGAGGUUAUCAGCAAGAAACCCAAACUUUGCCAAUGCUAGACGUGGGCGCCCAGUGGUCACGUCAAAGGAUCAUUGAGCCCGACCAGCGGGCAUUAAACCGUGGUGUGUUGGAAUUGAAUCUCUCACUAGCCGGGGCAAUGGCCACCCAGGCUUACCGCAGACCUCUAGCCGACAAGGAAACACAUCGAAAGGGGGAGGAAGACAUGUUUGGGAAGGAAGUGGAGGACGACAGAAAAAGAGGGAACAGCGAACGACAUCUGCAAUUCUGCAUUGCCUCGAGCGAGAACGGAGACGGCAGAUUUUCUUUUGGGUGACAAAAGUUGUUCUUUUUGCCCGCGGUCUGGGCUUCG